AUGAGUUUAAAUUUUAGCAUAGCCAAUGUCGUUUACGUAAAGAACCUUUCCACCGAUGUGACAGAGAAGGACAUAAAAGAAAAAUUUGAAUCAUGUGAUGAGAUAAUCGGCGUCGUUUUUAAAAACUUCCCUGGGAAGAACCAAAAGUAUUGUCAAAUCGAGUUCAAGAGCUCAGAGGGAAUAACAAAAGCAUCUCGCCUCAAUGGCGAGCUGCUGCUGAACGUCCCCAUGGUGGUAACUGUGAUAGAGCCCAUUUCACACAACACACCUUUUGCCGAUCCAGCUAUCGGUAACAAUGAGACGGAUAAAAAUUUAGCCACCUCCAUAGACGUACGAACCGGCGCCCUCGUUAACAGUGCUGCCGCGCAGAGCGUGCAAUAUCAGGCCCUGCAGAAUAUCCUUCUCCAGCAGCAACUCCUAUCGGAGCAGAACAAGGGACUCGUGGACUUCCAAAACACGCUGAACGAAAAGAAUAACAAAUUUGAUGUCUUCUCCAAAAUUAUUUACAUGGAAAAUGUGCCUGAACAUUGUAGCGAAGAUGAUAUAAAGGCCCUGUUCAAGAACGUGGGGACUACUACCAGCUACAAGCUCCAAUACAAUGAACAGAAAAAAGUACACACGGCGUUUGUUGAAUUUGCUAACGAAGAACAUGCAAAGGCUGCAUUACAUUUGAACGGAACCAAAAUAGGAGCGAACGACAUAAUUAUAAGAGAUGCAUUCAGCUUAAUUAACGAAAGAGGUCAUUUGAAAAAUAAUUUCCCUCUUUAUAGUAACAGCACAAAUGUGACUAGCAACAAAGGUGAGGUGAGUGAUCCUCCCCCUGCGAAAAAACCACUCGUGGUUAAUGAAAAGGUGGAAAAGGUCCUCGCCUUGAGGGAUAAAUUGAGUCAAAAACUUAUUGCCAUGUAUAAUUCAAGCGCCGUCAUUGUGAAUAACCUUGGCCAGGUUAAUCCCCAGGUGAUGGGCCUACCCGCAGAGGGGCUCGCGGGAGUCGCGGCAGGAAUGGCAGGAAUGGCGGUUGGGGUAACUCAGGGAGCCACUUGCGCCCUCAUCCCCGGCGCUGCACCCCACAUCGAUCAAGCAAAAGCGGUAGGGGAAAGUAACAACGGAUCGAUCAUUCGAACCGGUGAGACAAACUUGAGCGAGGACAAGCAAAAGGCAGACAGGAAGAAAAAGGGUACAUUGGAAGGAGAGAAUGCCGAGGAGGGAGAGGAGGACAAAGAUGUAGAAAGAGACACAAAUGACGAGGAUGAAACACAAAACAAAGUACGGAAGGGGAAAAAAUCCCGGAGUGGGAAAUACAGCAGCAGCGAAUCGUCAUCCUCCUCUCGAAGCAGCUCCUAUUCCUCAUCCAGCAGCAGGAGCAGCUACAGGAGACAUGGAAGCAAAACAGAUUCCAGGCGAAAACAUAGCCAUAGAAAACACAGCACGUCUACUCGUAAAAGGAAAAAAUAUGAUAGCCGUUCCAGGAGCUCACAUCGCACCAGGAGUAAUGAUUCUUUAAGUUCAUAUGAAUCACAUAAAAGAAGCAGUUAUCGUGAGAGGGAAAGCAAAAUUAGAAAAAUGAGGAAAAGGUACCACAGCUCUUCCGUCAGCCAUAGCAACUCCUCUCAUUCCCCCACACGAAGGCGAAAAAGGUCCAGCAGCAACAAACCCUGGUGGGUCAAAGAAUCGGAGAAAAUGGAAAUGAGGCAGCGCUUAAAGGAGAGGCAAAGGCGUGAAAUGGCCUACAGAGACAGAUACAGACGGUAG